AGACUAAGAUUAUUAUUCGUAUAUUUCAAUAAACAUAUAUUAUUGCAAAAUGAUAAUCUACAGGAAAAUAUUAUUCUUUUUUGUUUUCUUUCUAAUAAAAAUAAACACUUUUUGCUCAUCACAAUAUUUAAAUUAUCAUGAACAGACUCAAGUAUCAUUGGAUGAUCUUUUUAGAGUAUAUGAUCGAAUAGAAAUAAUAAAUGAAUUUCUGAAGCCAAAAUAUGAAAAAUUAUUUAUAAUAAUAGCAGAAGAUAUGAAAGAUGGUAUCCAAUUAGCUGAAUAUUUAAGUAAAAAUAAAAGAGUGACACCUGAAUGGAAUGAAUCUUGGUCUCAUUGGAAAAAAGUCAUAUAUCAGGAAAUUAUGGAAUGUUAUUAUCUAUAUUACAGUAACGAGAGAUAUAUCCUUGUCUAUCCAAGAAAUGUGACUGAUAUAUUUCUUGCAAAUUAUUUGACAAAAAGAACUAUAGAAUUAUCAGACAAUAUAAAAGUGGCUCUAACAUGUUCAAUGAACGAAAACAAUUUUAAUUCAUUGCUCCUUUAUGGAUUAAGCUUGUUUAGAACUGAAAUUGCAAAUUAUUAUAGUUUUCUUGAUAGAAAAAUUAUUUUUAUCCCACUAAGUAUAACAAGUUCUAUCGGAGAAAGAGAUAUGGAUAAGUUAAGUGAACAUUAUCACAAUACAUUUGCAAGAUAUAAUUCUAAUUCUGACAAAAUUUAUAAAGACAUUAUGAAUUUAAAUGACAAAGAGCAAUUGGAAUAUUUGUUAUUAGGAAGUUUAAUGAAAAUGGAAAUAAAAUACCUAUAUUAUAGAAUGAAUUUUUUUACUGAGACUUCACCAGAAAUUCUUAAAUCGAAUUAUCUACCAACAAAUAGUAACUUAAUUAAAUUUUAUAAUUUUUUAACAUGUGUUAGUACUGAAGAUAGUUUUAGAGUUUUAAAUGCCAGAUUUAACAAUAUACUAAAAGGCAGUUAUGAAAAUUCAACUCUAACGGAUAUGUCAAACUUAAAGGGUAUAUUAACUUAUUUACAUUGGAUACAAAAAUUUUAUUCAAAAAUAUUAUCAGAUAAAUCUAAAGUUGGUUUACACAUUAAAAAAUUUAUCGACAACAAUUUUUGUGAAAAUAGAGAAGACAUAAUGUUUACAGAAAUGAUUUGUUUUAUAAAAUAUAUGAAUGACGAUGCCUACAAUCAGGUGUUAGGAUGGAUGAGUCAUUAUCAAUAUUUUAGUGAAGAUUAUUUGAAAGAGGAAGAAGAUUGGCUCAUUAUUAGAUUGGUAAAAAUGUAUAAAAAUGAAAUAUCCAAUGAAUAUUUGUACAAGGAAAUAUCGAAAUUUGAUGGAAAAAAUCAAGACAUAAUGAAACAAGUUUUUUUCACCGUGAACAAUUUGCUAAAUUCUCAAUUAUUUCAUUUAUGCACUCAACUAAACGAUGGAACCUACAAAUUGCAAAUUAGAGGAAAAUUUUUAACCAUUAGUCAAAUUUUACAUAAAAAUUAUUGUCCCAGUAAAGUGACAUUACUUGAAGUUUUAGCACUUAAUAAAAUUUUAAUUAAUGAAGAUGUAGUCAGCCAUGAAAUGAAACAAAUCAUUAUAAUUGCACCAAUUUGGGAAAUUUAUCAGCGCAGAGUUAUAAAUUUAGAUGGAGCUCCUGAAUAUAAAUAUAUGGAUCACCUUCGAAUUGAAAUAAUACGUUCUGCAGUAAAAACCAGUCGCAUUAAUGGUUUACCUGGUGAACACGGAAGACCUGGAGGAUCAUUUUUCGGAGUAGCUGAUACUAUUAUAAAUGGAGAAAAUUUAAAUAUUUCAUGUAAUGGUGGUAGAGGCAGUAAUGGAAAUGAUGGUUUUAAUGGAAUAGAAUUUGAACCGUAUCAAUUCAUUUCGAUUUACCCAGGUAUUGGUGGUAAAGGAGGACAGGGUGGUAUUUCCGGUGAAAUUCAAAUUUUUCUUUUAAAUAAUUUAACGACAUUAACUGUAAAGAGAUCAACUACAAAUGGUAUUGAUGGUAAAUCUGGAAUUAAUGGGACAUAUGUAAAAUCUCGCCAAAAUCGAAUAUUGGUAGAGUUUAUUAACCUAAAAAGAAAAUUAAGCUCACUAAGUUGGUCUAAAAUUGACAGUAACUUGAACUUAAAUUCUCAAAUUAAUCAUCAAAUUGGAAUCAAUUAUUUUAGUGUAACUGUAGUGGAUUACAGAAAAUAUAUUAUAAACAAUAUUCUUGAUAAUAAUGAUGAUACAAGUUUUUAUUUAAAUGUGUAUAGAAAAUUUAAUGGUAAUGCAAAUUUACUGAAACAUCUUACACUAAUUGAUUUUGUUAAGGAAUUAUUAGAUUUAGAAUAUUAUUAUUCAUUGGAAUUAAAUAAAACUAUUUUUCAUUUUAUAUACAUGUUUUUCAAUGAAGGCAUUGAGUUAUAUAAAACAGUUACACAAAAUAUUCAAAUAUCGACUGAUUUUAAAACAAUGUUUUCUAAAUUACAUGAUAUGACACUGAAAAAAGUAAGUGAAUUUCAUAGGAAGUCAAAUACCGAGGCUGUUCUUAAAAUUGCUGUCUAUUUAGAACAAAGUAUUGAAGAUGGUGAAAAAUUAAAAAAUUAUGAAAUUCGCAAAAAAUUACAAACAAUUGGCAAUAAAUUUAAAGAAAAUUUCGAACAAGAAAUUAAAGAAGCUGGAAAAUUAAUUAGUGAGGAUUUAAAAGGGCACUUGGAUGAGAAAAUUGAUAAUUUAAAUAAACAAAUUGAAAACUUAAUCAAAGAAAUUGAUGAAAUUAUAGAUGAAAGUAAAAAAAAUAUCAAAAUGUUAAAUGAAAAAAAGAAAGAACUUGAAAAUAAAAUGAUAUUAAGGAAUUUGUUUACAAUUUUCCGAUUUCUACUUUUAGGAUUGUCAUUUAUAAAUCCUGCUUGUGCAAUAGCUGCCUCUGUAUUAACCAAGGGUCUACCUUUUGCUGAAGAAAAACUUGUAGAAUCUAAUGAUGAUGUAGAGUACAAUGAAAUUCAAUUACCAAAAGCAGUAACUAAAUUUGUAAGCAGGUCUAUAGAAUAUUAUAAGGAAAAAACAAAAAAUGAUUUAGAAAUUGUUCAAGAUAAAUUAAAGGCAAUAAAGGAAAGUAGAGAUAAAUUAAAUUUAUCAUAUGAUGAGGCUAAACCAUUAAUUGAUAUUGAUAAAGAAGUACAUGAACAAUGUAUUUCAAAAUCAAUACAGGGAUUAAAUCGACAGAAAUGUAUGAUUGAAAUUUUGGAAAAAAAAGAAAUUGAAUGGACAGAGAAAAGUGAAAGGAAUAAUCAAAAAUAUAAAAGAUCGUUGCAGGUUAUGAAAAUAGCAGAAAAAUCUUUAGAUGUUGUUAAUUUAGGCAUUGAUCGAUAUAAUAAACAUGCAAAAGCUGCAGCUGCAAAAGAUUCAAUUGAUAGGCAAAUUUUUGAACAGUAUGAUGAGAUAAGAAAAUUGGAAAUGUUUAAAGAAAACAUUUAUAAAAAAUUAGGAUCACAAAUUGAUCGCAUUCGAAAUAAUUUGCAUAAAAGUUCUGAUAAAUUUGCCAUGUCUUCGAGAGCUGUACUUGAAUAUCAAAAAUUUAAAAUGGAUGAAUAUUUAACAGAUGCUUCAACAGAAUUAAGCACAUUGACUAAGGGUUUUAAGGUGGAGGGUGAAGUAGCAAAAAUAAUAGAAAAAAUCAAAAAAACUAUGAGUACGAUUAUUAAUAUGCAUACCUUGGUUAAAAAUUUUAAAAAUGAAUUAAACAAUGCUGAGUAUAUUAAAGUUAUUGCAAUGGCACCUUUUGAUAUCACGAAUCUAAACGAUCCACAAAUAGUUGAAGAUUUUACAGCACUAGAGGAGAUUUAUUAUUCAAAUCGUGUUAUUGAUGAUUAUAAUAAAUUAACAAUAGCCUUGAAAGGUUAUGCAUAUCCAUUAAUAGUAGAAUUCUCCGAAUUUAUGACAAGUCCAAAUAAUAUUUUUAAUAAUAGUAUGCAAAAAGCGAGUAUCAUUGUUGAUAAAAUGAAAAGUUUAAAAUUAAAUUUAAUGAAAAGAAUUGGUCAGGGUGGUUUAUCUAAACAAGUCAAGGAAACUAAAUUUGGUAAUGGUGGUUCUAAAUCUGCAUUUUAUAAGUGGAAUAGCAGCAAUUAUUCAUCAGCAAUUAGAGAUAUUCUCGAAGGAAAAGAAGUUAAAUUAUUUGCAAAUAUUUCGCAAGGAGAACAUUUUAAUGCAUUAAAGUUUCGUGAUGUGGACAUUUUGCUGACUUCAACAGAUCCUGAAAUUAAUGAAGAAUUAAAGAAUCUCUUGAAGGACUAUGACAUAUAUUUAAAUCACAAUGGUGACUCAUACUAUGAAUGUAACAAAAAAGUGCAUCUAAUUAAAUCUGGUUCUUCUGGCACAUUGUUUAAAUUUUUGAGCUCAUCAAGAAAAAGGCGUUCACUUUAUGAUAAUAAUAAUGAUUAUAUUUUAAGUCCUUUUGCUACUUGGACAAUACGUCUUCAUCGCGAUAAUGGUAACAAUGAUUUUGCUCCAUUAGCUAAAUUUGUGGAUAAAGUAAAUGUUGAAUUGAUUGGCGACGGUCAAUUUAUACCAGUGGAUGAUUAUAUUUGUAGUGAUUACUUUUUAAAUUUUUACAAACAAGAAUUGCAGGUUAAUUAAAUAGUGUUUCUUGUGUCGAUUAUUUGUGCAGCAAUUGCAAUUUCGGAAAAACAAAAAUUUGUGCAAAUAAAAAUAUGGACAAAUUAAGAUUCGGUAAAUUGGAAAUUAUAGCAUUUAAAAAUUUCUAGAACUUGUUAAAUUAGAAUUAUGCUAAAUUAAAAAUCUUUUAAAUUAGAAUUCUUUUAAGUUAAAUUUUUACGUAAUGAGAAAUAGUGUAAAAUAAAAAUUCUACAAAAUUAAAAAUUAUCUAAAAAUUCUGUUAAUAAAAAAUUAGUGAAACAAAUGA